CAAAAAUGAUGUUAACCAAACCAAAGAUGGCACUUAUGAUAUGUUUUGGCUGGACAGUUGUAGCAAUCAAUAGCUCGAUACCACUGUAUGGUGUGAACAGCUUUACAAACUCAUCUACAGAGUGUGCUCAUAAUGUAGUCUGGCCUGAGGCCUAUCAAAUGUACAAUGAUUGGCUACUUACCACUGCUUUAAUUGUGAAUUUUGUAUUUUAUAUGAUAGUGGUGCGUAUUGCUGUUAAAAAGGCACGUAGAAGGAAUUACAUUGGGGGUAAUAAACAUUUCAAUAUCCAUGCAAAAGCUAAAACAGACUUACAGCACAUGGUCACUAUGGUAAUUGUCCUCGGAACAUUCGUGCUAUGUUGGUUACCCUAUGUUACACUUAUUUUCAUGGUCACAUUUUGGGACACGCCUAAUUUUCAAUUUGUGAAAAGAUGUACACUGAUAAUCGGUCUGUUAAAUUCAGCAAUGAACUGGCUUAUCUAUGGAUACAGAAACAAAGAAUUCAGAAAAGCAUUCAAGAGUACAUUGAAAUGUAAAUUCUGUUACAAGGAUGACAACCGAUUACCUCCGUCAGCAGCAACCAGCUAUAGAGCUAGCAGUGUGGAAUUUUGAAUUUUACAAAAGGUAGACAGUCUGUCUAAAAAGAUAUUUAUUUAAGUACAUCAAAUUUCACAAACUGAAGGAGAUGGUAAUAUACCAUUUCUUGCAAGAGAGGGAACGUUUUGAGUUGAAGGAAUAGUAGUUAUCUCUAAAUCGUAAUAAAAUUUGAGGCAAUAUAUCUAUCUUUUUCAUUGAUGCAAAUUAUUUAUUCCACCAUAUAUAUGUUUCGUAUUUAUUUAAUAAUAUGUAUUAAUCUGCCGUAAGAUUUUUGUUUUAAAUGUAUGAUUGUUUUUGUAUUGUUUUUUUGGGUUUUUUUUUGUUUUUGUUUGGUUUAACGUUGCACCAUCACAAUUAUUGGUCAUAUGGCAACUUUCUAGCUUAGACCACAAGUGCCACUCCAUGCAUUAUUUCAUCCGACCUUCUGUAAGCCAGCUAGAUGGCUUCCUCACAUGAAGAAUUAAACGCCCCGAGUGAGGCUCGAACAAAUGUAUGAUUGUACCUAUUUAUAAGAAUGGU